AGGAGGUAGUUUGGCCUCCGCGGCGCUCCGUCAUCCGGCGGGCUGCCCCGCAACCGGCGAGCAAACGGCUGGCGUCUGUGCGACGGGCGGUGCGGGACUCUCGGGUGGCGUGAGCGCGAGCUUAGGCCGGUGCCUUCGGGAGCCCAGAAGAGUCCGAGGUUAGGCUGGGCCGAGGCGUCCUCCGUCGCCGCGGGACCUGUAGCGAGUUGUAUGUCAAAUGGCGCUCCCCACCUUGCCCUCUUAUUGGUCCAGCCGAAGGCCCCUAGAUCGGCAGGUGGCUCGCCAGCGCCAGCGAGAACAGGAGGCCCAGUUUCGCCAGCAGUGGGAACAGAACAGCAGUUAUUUCAGGACUUUGGACAUCCACAACUCCAAACAGGCCGAAUGGAGCUCCAAGACCUCCUACCAGCGGAGCAUGCACGCCUACCAGCGGGAGAAGAUGCAGGAGGAGAAGAGGAAGAGCCUGGAGGCGCGGCGGGAGAGACUCAGGCAGCUGGUUCUGGAGGAGCAGGACCUGCUGGCCACAGAGCUGGAGAGUCUGAGGCUGAGCAUGAGCCUGCGGGAGCGAAGAAUCCGGGAACAGCACAGGGAUCUGAAGUCAGCCCGGGAAGAACAGAGGAAACUGGCCGCUGAGCGACUUUUAUAUGAGCACUGGAGACAGACCAACCCCAAACUUCGUGAGAUUGAGUUGGACCUUCACAAGAAGCACGUGAUAGAUUCUUGGGCAACACAGAAAGAAGAAAAGAAACAGCAAGCAGCCACGGAGGAGCAGGAGAACGCACGGUUUGAAAAUGAGUGUGAGGUAGCCCGCAGGGAGGCGGCGGAGAGAGUGAGAGCGGAGCAGGCGAGCAGGCAGCUCCAGGACAAGCUGCAGGCCGAGGCCCUGCGCCAGCAGAUGGAGGAGCUGAAGCAGAAGGAGACAGAGGCGACCAAGCUGCAGAAGGAGCAGGAGAACCUGCUGAAGCAACACUGGCAGCUGGAGAGGCUGGAGGAGGACAGGAGACAGAGGGCAGCCCUCCGGCGCAAGGCAGAGCUCGGGCGCUUCUUGAGGCAUCAGUACAACGCACAGCUCAGCCGGAGGACGCAGCAGGUCCAGGAGGAGCUGGAGGCAGAUGGGCGGAUCCUACAGGCUCUGCUGGAGAAGGAGGAGCAGCUGCAGCGAGCCCAGCUGGCCAGGCGGGAGCAAGCCCUGGCUGACGCAGCCUGGAUGAAGCAGGUCAUCGAGCAGCAGCUGCAGCUGGAAAAGGCUCGGGAGGCUGAGCUGCAGCUGCUCCUGAGGGAGGAGGCCAAGGAGGUGUGGGAAAAGAGAGAAGCCGAGUGGGCUCGAGAGCAGAGUGCGCGCGACAGACUGAUGAGUGAGGUCCUGUCAGGGAGGCAGCAGCAGAUACAAGCGAAGAUUGAGCAGAACCGGCGGGCACAAGAGGAGACCCUGAAACGCAGGGAAAAGCUCAUCCAGAGUCUGGAGGAGGCGAGGCAGUCAGCUCAGCGUGCAAAGGAGGAGAGCGAGGAGCUCAAGGCAGCCAGGAGGCAGGAGCUGGCAGCCCAGGUUGCAGAACGCCAGCUCCAGGCAUGGGAGGCUGCACGGCAGGUAGAGGAGGAGGCGGCGGCGGCCAAGCAGGCAGAACAGCUCUCAGACGCUCUGCUGCAGCAGGAGGCGAAGACCAUGGCUGAGGAGGGCUACCGGCCCAAGCCUUAUGGACACCCCAAAAUUGCCUGGGACUGACACUGAGUGCAGAGAAGCAAGCUGACUUGAUACAACUCCAGACAAUUGUACAAUGAUCGUCCUGGCCAAGACUUGGCACUGCUGGGUAGCUC